AUGCAAAAUCCGCACAGGGCAGAAAUAAGGCGAGUUCCCGAGGAAGCAGAGACCAAACUGAGCGUUAUUAAGGAGGUCGGGCGACACUUCGGCGACAACAAAUACAGCCCUGUGCUGCGUCCCCUCCCCUCUCCCCGGCCGGCGGGCCUGGGGGUGGGGGACACGGACACGGGCGAUCCCCGGGCACGCAGGGGUGCAGCGCCCGCCCGCCCCGGUCCCGCACCGCGGUCCCCGCCGCUGCCCCCGGUCCUCCCUGCGCUGCAGGCCGCGGCCGGCCGCUCCUGGCGGGGCUUCGGGGUGUGUGUGCCGCCGCCGCCGCCCGGCCCCGCUCGCCCGCACGGAGCCGGCAGCCGCCUCCCCCCGCCCGCCGCGCCCCUCCGCGGAGGUGGCCCCAGACUGGCAGCUCCGCUGGCCUAUGGCGCGGCGCGGCAGGCAGACAUCGCCUCUCUGAUUGGUGGGCGGCGGGGGAGGCGGGGCGGGCGAGGCGGCCCCUCAGCGCCCGCUGGCAGCGGUGGCGGAGAGGGCAGCGCCCGGCCGCCGCCUCCGGUCAGUGGCAGCUGCUCCGGGCGGCCCGCGGGAGCCCGGCGGGGCCCUGCCGCAGGCUGCCCGGGCUGUCCGGGAAGAGGAGCGAGGUGGAAGGAGGAGGAGGAAGAGGAAGGGUGGCCAGCCCAUGGCAGGGGUCGCGGCCGGCCGCUGCCACCGCCGGAGCGGUUCCCGUUGCUCGGCACCCCGCUGCAUGUCCCCCGCCGGGGUGCCGCGGGGAGGCGGGAGCGGGAGCUGAGCGUCUCGGUCCUCAGCAAUGCCGUAACUCCUCCCAGCGUUUCUCAAGGUGCUUGCGUCCACCUCCAACGCCCACUGGCAGCACCGCACACUCCGGCUUCAGGUCCCGUCUCCAGCACUACCCUGCCCAUGACCUCGGAUGCUCCCGUCUUGGCGGAUUGGCACAUCUCACCAUCACUCAUCUCCUGGAAAGCUUUUCUGCCUUAGCGCUGAAGAAAUCACAGUUUAGGCUACAAGAAGAACAGGAGAGACAUGUAAAAUGCAGAUGCAGAGGGAGAAAAACUUAAUAAAGUUGAAAUAGCAAAGAGAGCUAAUACAAGUUUUCAAUAAAUAAGGUUUACAUUUCUCUCUC